UAUGGUUUUAAAGAAACUCUUGCCUUACUGAUACACCAUUUAGAAGGAGGUGAGGAAAUCAAGCAGCCCCUACACCGACUAGUAUAAUAGAUGCAUGGAAUAAGAGAAGGGAACAGAGGAACUACAUGAUCUAUGAAAAAAUGCAUUGGACAGAAAGAGCUUUGUUCAUGAGUUGUGGACAAACACAGCAGCUGUUAAUCUGCUGGCUGAUGUGAAGCGACAGAUUGUUUAGUGUGGCGUAGGAGGGCAAAGGGAAGGCACUGCGGAGAACUCUGACCUGCCAUCAGGGCGAUAGCGGGAGCUUUUAAAAGCCUGAAUGAGGGGUGGCGUAACUUCAUUGGAGACCCUGGGCCGCAGUGAGAGCAGGUGGAGAGAACUGAGUGACUCGAGGGAGGAGGGAAGAUCCCAUCUGCAGCCAAACAGGCAAUAAGAUAACACAGAGUCUCCGCCACUGCCUCUGCCACAAACAACAAUAUGUGGAUGAAGACUGCUGUGUAAUUAAGAAGUCUAAUCAGAGCCAUCUAUCUAUCUAGGACUGUGUGUAUGUGUGUGUGUGUGUGUGUGUGUGUGUGUGUGUGUGUGUGUGUGUGUGUGUGUGUAUGUGUGUGUGUGUGUGGGUGUGGGUGUGUGUGGGUGUGUGUGUGUGUGCUCCCAGACUUCUCACACUGAGAGCGAGAAGGAGUUUACACACACACAGGCCCCGCCCUCACUCACUCACACAGUGACUCACAUAUUGAGACAAGAUAAGAGGAGCACAGUCUGUUUCAGUUUUUCUCCCAUCCACAGCUGCUCAAUGAUUAUAAUGCUGGUUUGUACCGAGCUGGAGUUUCUGUUUCCUCCUCCGCUCUGCUCUCACAUUAACUAAUAAACGCUCAUCACGAGUUAUCAGGACCUGAUCAGUACAUGAAGGCACUGUCAACAGUCCGCUCCAUGGCAGGGGGGCGUGGCGGCGUGAGUGGCCCAGACCUUCGUAUUUUUUUCUGUAUUCGCCCUCGGGAUAAAAAGUUUGGACACCCCUGCUAUAGAGGUUUUAACAAUGCUACACUUAUAUAGGUUUUUGUAUGACCAAAUGAAAGUAAAUACUUACAAAUAUAAAAUAAACAUCAUGAUUACGAUAUAUAUUAUAAUUUGCCCCCUGCUCUAUUUCAUACUAUUUGGAUUUAAAUGACUACUGUACAUAGAAAGCAGCCUUCAGUCACAAGUGGUCGGGGACCUGAUCAGUACAUGUAGUUACUCAGAGUUUGUUUGAUUCACUCCAGAGUUUAUGAGGCUGCAUUUAGACAUCAUGAAGAAUGACCUGCCAACAUUUUAUUGCUCCUUACAACACGUGGCGCACACAGUCAGGCCUCAGUGUUGAAGUGAGCAGAGGAUCUGGAUUCAUGAUCCGACACCAUCGAUUAAUAAUUAAAUAUAUGAUCAUAAAAUUAUCAUCUAUCAUAAUCUUGCCAAUAAACAAAUGAGCUGUCAACAGAAAUUAGUUCCUUAUCAUUUAUAUGAACUGAACUUUGAACCUGUUCUUUUCAAGUGUGAACUGGCUCAACACUGACAAGUAACAUGAGAACAGGGAAGUGUCAGACUCCAUUUUCACUUGGAUGAGCAGACGGAAGAAAAGUGAGAGGAAUCCAACAUUACAGCAGUGGUCACCAAUUCGUCAACAGCGUUCACUAUCGAUCGCCAUAAAGCUCUGGACUCACUGGCUGAGGUUGUGUGAGAAACAUCGACCUGCAGUGCCAAGUACAUAGACUGAAGAUGAGUGGUUAUGAAGAGAGAGUGGAGUACAGCGCGGAGAGUAACACCUCCAAAGGAGCAUUCGUAGACUUCAGAAAUGAACCUGGACCCUCACACGCAGAUGCCAACUGUGGACAAAGACCAAGAAAAGGACCUGGACUCCAGACAGCCGAAGAUCUGCAGAAGGUUUUAAAUGAACAUAAGAUCAGUCUGAAGAGGACAUGUACACAUGUGACUGAAGGAACUGAUGAAAAAGAAAGUAGAACCCUCCUAAACAGGAUCUACACUGAGCUCUACAUCACAGAGGGACAGAGUGAAGAGAUUAAUACUCAACACGAAGUGAGGCAGCUUGAGACGACUUCCAAGAGGAAGUCUAUCCACGACACUCCGAUCAAGUGCCAUGACAUCUUUAAAGCCGUAACUGACCAGCAGAGCAGCAUCAGAGUCGUCCUGACCAACGGCGUCGCUGGCAUUGGAAAAAGCUUCUCGGUGCAGAAGUUCACUCUGGACUGGGCUGAGGGUUUAGAAAACCAAGAUGUCAGCCUGCUGAUAGUGCUUUCGUUCAGAGAGCUGAACCUGGUGAAAGACCAGCAGCACAGUCUUCUCACGCUGAUCCGUGUUUUCCAUCCAACAUUACAGAAGAUCACGGCAGAGAUGCUCGCUCUCUGUAAACUUUUGUUCAUCUUUGACGGACUUGAUGAAAGCAGACUUUCUCUGGACUUCAACCACAGGAAGGUUGUUACUGAUGUCACACAGAGGUCAUCAGUCAACACACUGCUGACAAGCCUCAUCCUGGGGAAUCUGCUUUCCUCUGCUCUUGUCUGGAUGACCUCCAGACCUGCGGCAGCCAAUCAGAUCCCUUCUACAUGUGUUGACAGGGUCACAGAAGUACGAGGCUUCACUGACGCACAGAAGGACAAAUACUUCAGGAACAGGUUCAGUAAUGACGAGCUGUGCAGCAGAAUAAUCUCACACAUCAAGAUGUGCAGAAGUCUCCACAUCAUGUGUCAAAUCCCGGUCUUCUGCUGGAUCAGUGCUACAGUUCUGGAGCAGAUGUUGACCAAAGACCAGAGUGGAGAGCUGCCCAAGACCAUGACUGACUUGUACUCACACUUUCUGAUGGUUCAGACAAAGAGGAAGAAAAAUAAGUACAAUGAGGGACAUGAGACGACUCCUGACAGGGACAGGGACUUUCUUCUGAAGCUGGGGAAGCUGGCGCUUAAACAUCUGAGGGAAGGAAUCAUCAUGUUCUAUCAAGAAGACCUGGAGUGGUGUGGUCUUAAUGUCAAAGAGGCCUCAGUGUACUCUGGAGUUUGUACUGAGAUCUUCACAGAGUGUGUGAUCUUCCAGAAAUCCGUCUACUGCUUUGUUCAUCUGAGCGUUCAGGAGUUUCUGGCUGCAGUCUACAUGUUCCACUGUUACACCAAGAGGAACACAGAAGAACUCAAAAACUUCUUGGGAACAUAUGGGAACACACAAGAUACCUUCUCUCUGGAUGACCUCCUGAAGAGAACCAUUGAGAAAUCCCUUACCAGUGAAAAUGGUCAUCUGGACCUAUUUGUUCGCUUCCUUCACGGCCUCAGUCUAAAGUCUAACCAGAAACUCUUAGGAGGCCUGCUAGGUUGGAAAGAGAACAAUCCAAAGAUCAUCCAGAGAGCCUUAGGAGGCCGGCUGAGUUGGACAGGGAACUAUCCAAAAUUCAUCCAGAGAGUCAUCAACAACCUGAAGGAGAUGCAGAGUGAUGACAUUUCUCCUGACAGAAGCAUCAACAUCUUUCACUGUCUGACUGAGAUGAAUGACCACUCAGUAAAUCAGGAGAUGACACAGUUAAUGACGUUAAAGAACAAAUCAAAGGAGAAACUCUCUGAGAUCCACUGCUCAGCUCUGGCCUACAUGCUGCAGAUGUCAGAGGAUGUUAUUGAUGAGUUGGACCUGAAGAAGUUCAACACAUCAGACCAGGGUCGACAGAGACUGAUCCCAGCUGUGAGGAACUGCAGGAAAGCUCUACUCGUUAAUUGUGAACUCUCAGAGACUCACUGUGAAGUCGUGGCCUCAGCUCUGAAGUCAAACCCCUCACAUCUGAAAGAACUGAAUCUGAGUGGAAACAGCCUGCAGGAUUCAGGAGGGAAGCUGUUGUUUGCUGGACUGGAGAGUCCAAACUGUCGACUGGAGACUCUGAGGUUGAAGGGCUGUUAUCUAUCAACGAUCAGCUGUUCUUCUCUGGCUUCAGCUCUAAGGUCAAACCCCUCUCAUCUGAGAGAACUGGAUCUAAGCUACAACGACCUGAAGGACUCAGGAGUGAAGGAGCUUUGUGGUUUUCUAGAGAGUCCAACCUGUGAACUGGAGAUUCUGAGGUUGGAGGGCUGCGGUCUGUCAGAGAUCAGCGGUUCUUAUCUGGCUUCAGCUCUGAGGUCAAACCCCUCUCAUCUGAGAAAACUGAAUCUGAAUAGAAACAACCUACAGGACUCAGGAGUGAAGGAGCUCUGUGGUUUUGUAGAGAGUCCAACCUGUCGCCUGGAGAGUCUGAGGUUGAAGGGCGCCAGUCUGUCAGAGAUAAGCCGUUCUUCUCUGGCUUCAGCUCUGAGGUCAAACCCCUCUCAUCUGAGAGAACUGGAUCUAAGACUUAACGACCUGCAGGACUCAGGAGUGAAAGAGCUGCUUAAUCUAAAGCAGCCUUCAGACAGUUCACUGGAGACUGUGAGAUUGAAGAAGUGAUCAUUGUAGAAGUGAGUGUGAAGAGGACAGUGUAUGUGGAUGGAGGCUGAGCUGUGUCCUGAAACAUCUACAUAGGCAGAAGCAGCUGCAGCUUGUGCAUAGAGAGGCUCUGACUGGGCCUCCCAGGCAGAGUGGAGACAGAGCUCCAGAGGAAUCAGAGGAGGUUAGCUGCUCUGAGAUCAGGUCCACUGUCACACAGUGUCCAGUCCACCAUCAUUCCUGUGUGCCUCUGUUGAUGUGACACAGCACCAUCAGUGUAUCUGCUCUGCUCUGCUGCUGCGCUGCCUUUUGACACAGAAAAGUCAAAGCCCUAAGUAUUUCAAAAUUAUGUGCAGAAAAAUGUGCCAAUUAAAUGCAAAUUUUACUUUCAAAUCUAAAAAGUGACAUUAUAUUUACUGGCAGGGACGCGAAACUGUGGGCAGUCAGUGUUAUGGAUAUCUGCUGAGUGCAGCAUGUUAGCAUGCUGUGUAGAAAACUAAAGGAAACACGUGAAAACCAUGAGCACUGCAGGUAAUCAGAAAGUGUAAGGUCAUGUUUU